AUGGCAGACUAUGACGAUGACGACGAGCAGCGCGGGGGCUACUUUGCGCGGCUGGAGCGCCAGAAGAGCCUCCGCCGCCCCAGCCUCACCGGCGGCGCGCCAGCCGCCGCCGGCGGCCCCGCGCCCGAGCGCGCGGGCUCGCUGCGCGCCGUGCUGGCAUCGCGCCAGGGCAGCCUGACAGCAGACCUCCGCGCCGGAGGGUGUGCCCCAGACCCGGCCGCGCCCCAUUCCAUAGCGCCAAGCCUUGGCUCUGGCCUGGGGUCCUCGCUGCCCUCCGCCACGCCGCCCGGUGCGCUGGCGGCGCGCCUGGACACGCUGCGUGGGCGCGGCGGGGACAAAGGCCGCAAGUCCAAUGACAGCUGGUGGGACAAGCUGGGCUCCUCGGCCCUCAACGAGCGACCAGAUGAGGAGGCCGCGCCAAAGACCAAGGGCUAUGCGCCGCAGUAUGCUGUCACGGGCCAGGGCCUGCACUACCGCAUGCCGGCCUCCCAAGAGGACCUGCCAGAAGUGCACGCUGCUGCCUAA